AUGUAAUAAUCAAUAGCAUUUAAAGUUUUUAAGAAUUUCGAUAUUUUUGGGCAAAAUAUCCAAUUGAACUUCAAUGGUGAUGAUUCAUAUCAAACAGCAAUGGGCGGAAUUUUUUCGAUGACCAUAAUUGCUGUCAUUGCAUUCUUCUUCUAACAAAAUAUCAUAGAUUUCAUGAAUAAGAAUUAUGUGAAUCUGAAUGUCCAGACUUUGUUUGAUGCUAAUCCUGAUGACAUUGUCUUUAACGACGACAAUUACAUGUUUGCAUUGGCCAUCGAAUAAAAGUAAUUUAACACCAACCCUUAUUUCAACAUAACUCUGAAACAGAGAAUCUACACUAGACUAAGCAAUGGAACCAUAAUUAAACAAGAUUAAUUUAUAGAUCUGAUACCUUGCACAAUUGACAGAUUUUAAAACAUAUUUAAUACUUAAAAUUUCUCAGAUCAAUUUAACUCUCUCGGAUUGUCAGAAUGGCUAUGUCCUCAAUACAAUUAUUCAAUUAAAUUAUCAGGAGGUUAUACUAGCGAAGUGUUUGAAUUCACCAAAAUAACUGUCACUGAAUGUUCAAAUGAUAGUUAGAGCAACCAAAUCCUAACUUGGAAGCCUUAGUGUGCCAGCAUUCAAGACAGAGACAAUCAUCUAUAAAAUGACAGAUCCUUUCGAUUAAAAAUGUACUUCUCACCAUUUCCUGAAUUUAGGUAUAUGACCAACACCAUCAUUAAUCCAUUAUAACCAAGGAACAUAUCCUAAGUCUUCUUAGAUGAUGAACUAUUUUUCUCCUUCCUCUUGCUCACUGGAACCGAAACUGACGUAUUUUACUAAAAGUAUAAUGUCACCACCAAUAACAACAUAUUCCCCUAUAUCGAAGACAAUUAGGAACAAUUAUUUAACAUCAAAUAGCAAGGAGACUUUAGAGUCAGCAAUGUUUAAAACAGUGGUUCAUAAUACUCUGCCAUUUAUAUGAGAAGAAGUCCAUACACUUAUGAAGUCAAGAGAGAUUUCCAGGAUCUAGCUGAUUUGCUCUCCUAUCUUGGAGGCUUUGCCAACAUUGUGGUCAUGAUUUUCGGAUUUUUGAUUACAUUCUACAAUAAGUCCUAAUGUAAAUUACUCAUAUAUCUAUAAACAUAGUCAUGAUUGAAUUAGCAAAUCAAGUGUAUGAUUUCCCAAUUCAAAAUGCAAAUACAAUGGAUACUCAGUAAAGAAAGGAAAUUAAAAAAACGAUUGCCAGAGCCAAGAGUAGGACAAUUAUUCAAAAACCAAAUAACCGCCCUUCUUAAUUGUUGUCACCAAAAUAUAAUCAAAAUUAAUAAUUGAUCAUGAAUGACACCACUAAAUAAGAUGAGCAAUUGAUGACCAAGUAGAAUGAGUAGAGGAUCUUCUAAGAAGAAUAAGAAAAGAUCAUCUCCUAAUUAGGCAUAACUGAUAGAAGGAGCUAUUUGACUCAAUAGAUUGAAAAGAUUCUAAAUAGAAGCUGCCCUAUCUUUUUUAAUUGUAGAUAUAUUUUGUAUCAGUUGUUUUGUUAAAGGUUCUUCUAUGAUAGGAAUAGUAUUUUAUUAUAAAAGGCUAUGUAAAUGUUAUCACCUCUAUGCAUUUUAGCAAAAACAUCAAUAAGGACUUAGAUCUUUGUGUUAUCAUUGAUAAGGUCAAAGAAAUUAAUCUCCUGAAGGAUCUAUUACUGACUGAAGAUCAAUUAGUACUAUUUGAUUUUGCUCCAAAAGAAGUCAUCAAUUUAGAAGCGGAAAAGUAGGUCAAAGUGCGGAAUUUGGCCAGGAAUACUCUAAGAAACUUUAACUCAAAGUAAAAUUCCAUUAGCAGUAAGGACGAAUAAAAUAAGUCUAAUCAAACUAUAAGUACAUAUUACAAACUCUUCAAGGUGAUAGCUUAUUUUAAAUAUAGGCUUAUGAUCGAAUUCAUCAAUCUUUGCAAUAGAACGAUAAAAUCAAUGAAAAAUUGAUUGGAAAAUUGGGACAGGAAGUUAGAGAUAUUUUCGAGGUCUCUCAGUUUAUUCAAUGGGAAGGCAACAACAACAAACAAAUCAACAGUGAACCAUUAGAUGACGAGUUUUAAUGCGAUUCUGUUAAUUCUGAUCCUCCUUGCAUUACCACUCUAGAUCAAUUCAAGGUUAAUCUGAAAUUAAAUAUUUGA